UUUGCAUAUUUCAUACGAAUAAAGAUCUUUUGCCUUACAAAAGUAUGUAUAACAGGUAUAUACUUUUCUUCAAUAUUUAUUCUAUUCAUUAUUUUAUGUAAAAGUUAUUUAACUACACCUGGUCCUUUAAGGAUUUUCUGAUUAAUAAUUUUACUAAAAAUUCUUUCAGCUUUAAAAAUGUAUUUUUUAAAAUUAUUACUAGGGACUAUCAGGCCACCAUAUAAUAAAUAAUCAGUCCAUGAAGGAAGUAGAUAGUCAUGUUCAUCUAUGCUAGAUAUUUUUGAUUCUGUUGUAGUACACCCAAGUUCAGGAAAUUUUUGUCUAUAUUUUUAGCUACCCAUCAAGCUAAAUACUCUACAGCCUCUUCUGUCAUUUCAUUAUUAUUUGAUUUUUCAACAUCAUCACUGUCUAUAUCAUUAUCUGUCAUCAAUAUUUUCAUUAUUUUGUUGGUCUGUUAUAAUUAAAUUAAUAUACUUGAUUGUCUUUGCUACUAUAAAUUCUUCUUGAUUGUUGUCACUUGUAUUAGAAGAAGUUGAGACAAUGCCUGGGUUUUUACCUAAAAUAAUCAUCCUUAGUCUGUAUAAUACAUUUAGUGGUGAUGUGUGGUCAUUUAGACCCCCUCUUGACCGAGCUUGACCAAAUAUGUUUUUAAGUGCAUCCUGAUUUAUUUUAGAGGUUAAUAAGUAUUUUAACCCAUGUUCUUUUAAUAUAUUUAAAAACCGUCGAGUUCCAUUUAUGUGCAUUAAUAGAGAUUUUUGAAACAAUGAAUAUUAUUUUUACCAAUGCAUGUCAUACUUGAAAAUGUUUCGUAAACUUUAGAUAGAAAUCUUGUUCUUCCAAAUGCAGUCCAUAUGGGGUUGUGAAUGGAGUUCUGUUAUCAUUUGGAUGGCACACGUUGCCGAGGUCAAACCAGUUGUUUAAUAAUUCUAAAAAUUCAGCAGUGUCUUUAGUUAUUUUACUAUCAAUACCUAGUUUGUCAUUAUAUUUUUGUAGAGCUGUAGCAGGGGUAUGAGAUAUGAGCUGUGUGGCUGAUUUUACUUUAUGCCUGAAGGCCUUCACACAUUAAGUAUGAUGGAUAUUCAAUAUGUUGAAUGUUAUUGAUUUGUUGAACAUGCGAUGGGUAAUGCGACUAUUAUGGAACCGUUGUGUCACGUAUCACAACAGAGGACGUCCACAUUAGUAGAAGGUCGAUUACAUUUCAAGUCAUACUUUCUUGAAGACUCAGUCACGAAGGUUUUACGACGACCAUAAUCCCCGGGUUCGGUUCUAUUUGGACAUUUGGUCGCAUGCAGUAAACAGUUACAAUUAUGAUGAUACAGAUGAUCGUGUUACUCACAGUGACAUCGGUUUUGCCGUUGCAGUGCACAUGCGUAUGCGAUCGAAACGAAAUAUUUUACGCAGUUGCAGACGACAAUGACAAUAUUUCGAUUCGAACAACAGAAAACGGCAGAUUCGUUGCCAAAGUGAGCUACACGCAUUGUAUUAAUACGACGGGAUGGGAUUAUCUAGAAAUAUUAACGUCUUCCAAAGAAGAUGAUUCGAUGCAAGCAUAUGCCGCUGGUCUGCUGGAAGGAUGGAUUACUGCUGACUUGAUAAAUAGUUAUUGGUACAAUGUCUUUCAAACAUUUUGUGUCGGCCGAUCAGAUUUAUGUGUAAAAUUGAAUGAAUACAUGCACUCGAAUAGAGAAUGGAUCAUAUCCCAAGUGAUGCUGAAAAAUGGAUCGGACGCAUAUUGGUAUCAAGUUGGUUUGAUGUACAAGCAACUUGAUGGGCUGUAUGAUGGAUAUAAGCUGAACAUAAAAAAAGGAAUGCAGUCUUUAUCAUGGGAAAAUUUUUUUUGGAUGAACAUUCAAGAAGAUUUAUAUGAUUUAUGUGAUACCUUUAAUUCUUCACACCCUCACAAAAAACCAUUCGGGACGGGAUCGUGUUCGGUUCUCAUAAAACUACUACCAGGACACAAAGAGUUAUACAUUUCUCACGUCACUUGGAACUGGUACGAAACAAUGUUGAGAAUACAAAAGAGGUAUCGUCUGAAUUAUAAAGAAAGUAAAUUGUCAAAUCAACUAGUAUUUGGGCAUGACAUACAGUUUAGUUCGUAUCCUGGUUUCCUGUAUUCAAUGGACGAUUUUUACUUAAUUUCUUCGGGUUUAGCUAUUACCGAAACGACUAAUUCUGUUUACAAUCCACAGUUAUGGGAUAAUGUUCAGCCAAUUGGACAGAUAUUAGUUUUCAUUCGUGCCAUGGUUGCAAAUCGAUUGGCACCUGACGGAUUGGCUUGGACCAAAUUGUUCAAAAAAUAUAACAGUGGAACGUACAACAAUCAAUGGUUGUUGAUUAAUUAUUCACUGUUUCGACCCGGUCGUAAAAUGCCUAAAAACGGGUUACUCUUCAUCCACGAAGAAAUGCCUGGUCUUACGGAGACGCAAGAUGUGACCAAACAGUUUCUUAGCCAAAUGUACUGGGCGAGUUAUAACGUGCCGUUCAUUCCGGAGAUAUUCAACGCGAGCGGACAGGGUGAUAUGGUUAAACGAUACGGAAAUUGGUUUUCGUAUCGAAACACUCCUCGAGCCCGAAUAUUUGCCAGAGACCAUGUGAACGUCAAAGAUAUGUCGUCAAUGUUAUUUUUGAUGCGUUCAAACGAUUUCAGAAACGAUCCCGAGGCCAGGUGCGAAUCAUGUGUUCCUCCGUACUCAGCCGAAAACGCUAUAUCGUCCAGAGACGACUUGAAUGACUUGAAUGGCGUGUACCCAUUUGAAGCGUUGGGUUACUCUAAUUGGGGUGCUAUAGAUGCCAAAAUAACCAGUUACAAGAUGUUUAAUGAACAUAUGUUUCUUUCAGUCUCCGGACCGACGAAAGGUACUAAUGGUGUUCUCGGAAAGUAUUGUUGGAGUAGAACUCAAGUUAAAAAUAUCAGUCAUGUUGGACUUCCAGACUGUUGGGACUUUAAACCCGAAACGCAUCAUUGGGUCUUUUAAAGUUUUAUUUCAGAAGCCAGAGGGCUAUAGGAGCUUCGCGUUUUUUUAACAUCUCUCUCUUGAAAUGCAAAAUACAUUUUUAAUAAUUAUAAUAAAUAAUUGUAUUUUAUAACAUGAAUGAAGCGUUGCUAUUGCAAUACGUUGUGCGAAUAGGAAACAAUGUACAUAUCAACCAAAACUUUAAGAAUAAGUAACAAAGAAAUCAUAUACUCGUAGAUUAUUAAAUUAUGUUUUCAAAUAUAUUUUAGUUAAUUCUGUCGUUUUGAUAACCAUUUUUUACAUAGGCAUAUUCAAUUUAUAUACAGUAAAUACUAAAUAGUUGUAGGUAUAUUUUUCUUGAUUGAAAAGUAAAAAUGAUAAGUUGUGAUGGCUAUCGAACAAUUGAGAAUGUUAUUCCUUUUUGGCCGAACGAUUGAGAACACUUAAAAUUAACAAAGAACUUACCGCUGACCCAAAAAAAACCCAAAAAAAUUACGCGAUUGAGAACGAAUUUAUGUGCAACUUUGCCAUAGUUUGAUAUAUCUUUUAUUUGGUUUUUGAAAAAUUCACUAUACAUAUAAUAAAUAUUCUUGAAAAAAGUCAUAAAUUAAUAAUUAUAA